ACGGGUUAGUAGUCAAAAGCAAGUCGCGUGCGGACCACGCGCUCUAACUCCGAACUCCGAUGCGAUCGCGACGUAUUGUCUCCUAAUCUUUUUGUUGUAACAAUUCGUUUUAAAUGGAAGUAUUGGGGACACACCUCAUUUCCUAUUGUUGCGAUUCUCUUUAACAUGCUGUGAAUAUUCUUUGUUGGUUUACAAUACGAGUGUUAGUUCUACUUUCGUAAAAUUUAAAUAAAACAAAUUCCCUUGUGAAUAUAAAUUUAACAAUAUAUCACAACUUUAAUAUUAAAAGGCAAACGCAUAAAGAAUCCACUUGGGCAAACGAGGUUGGGAUGUACAAUGUAUAAACAGGCGCUUCUUCUUCUUAUGUGCGCUUGCAGCGCGCUGGCAGCGUUAGACGGCUACAGCGCCCAGCAGGACCCGGAUCAGUUCCACAUACAGACCGACGAAGAUGACGAGCGGUACUUCCUCUACCAAACACACAAUGGACAGUAUCGGAAAGAGAGACGUCUAAAAGAUGGAUCUGUUGUUGGAACUACUGGUUGGGUGGGCGCCGAUGGAUAUUUGAGGCUACAAGACUACAUAGCUGAUGACCAAGGAUAUAGAAUUUAUAAAUCGAAAACUGUUUACGUUGGCGAAAACCGACCUAUUGGAGAAUCUCUAAAAAUUGCAAAGACAGCACCGACGGACUCCGGCUAUAAUAUAACACCGGCACCAGCGCCACACCCACCGAGAGGAACGCCACUGUUCACUACCACGACUCGAGCUCCACCAUCGUCCACUGCAAACCCAUUACAUCCGUACCCCUCAGUAGUGGCCAUUACACCGUCUCCACCAUACAGCUCUACGUCCACACCCAGAGUGGAAGUGUCUCCCAACUCGAUCGAUUCUCACACUUAUGACCCCAGACCUACGGUCCCACCUAUCACUGCAGAUGAAGCAACUCCCCGACCAAAUCCCUACGAUUACGACUCAACAAACACAAAUAGCAUAGACGGCUACUACGCCAGCGAUAGCACGCCUCAGGGGCGUUAUGAUUUAUACAAUCCGAAUUCUUAUAGACACGCCGAUGACUGGACAAGAAGACAGCAAGGCCAGCCAGGUCUCCGAGUCGGUGACGGCUAUACGCCACAGUUCCCGGGUUACGAUGGUGUUGCGUUUAGACGAAACGGCUUCCGAUACUACCUUCCGAAACAGUAUCACGAGGAAGAAACGAGAGACGCUAACGAGCGAACGGGUAGCUUUGGAUAUAUAGAUCCAUUCGGGAUUCGAAGAGUGAUUUACUACAACACAGCACCGGGCCAGGGGUUCCAAAUUCGAAAAAAUAACCGAUACGUUGGCCACGACGCAACGCCUUACGACCCGCGGCCUGUGCAAUAAACUAAGUCAUUCUCUAUCUUUAUGUGUCGAAGUUACCACCUGUGCUAUCAGUAUUUCUAGUUAAAAGUAUUCUGCAAAUCGAUUGGUAGAGACAAAACGAUUGAUCUUCGAACGAAAACUUAGCCAUAUAUACUAUAUAUACUCAGAGGCACAAUUAUCCGCCUACUUUGAUAUACUCGCGUCAUAUUAAAGUGGGCUGAUAAUUGUGCCUCUGAGUAUAUUUAGUGAUAGUUAUAAUUUUUGUAGAUAUUAUUAUAUUAUUCUAUUAAAUUACACGACCUAAUAUAAUAAUUAUUGUAAUUAUUAAAAUAAUUUAUUUCACUUGUUUUGUUUAUAAAACUAACAUGAUAUUAUGUCUGACAUGAUUUUAAUAAUAAAUAAAUCGAUUAAGAUACUAAUCGGUUUGAUCUAAAUAAUAUUCAGAUGCCAUAGAAGCUUGAAGAAAUAUUAUAAAUAAUAGGUAUUUUACACAAUACACGUAUUAUUUAUAAUAUUGUUGUGUAUUUGUAACAAAAUUAAUAAUUAGACUAAUAGCCUUAACCAAUUUAUGAUUGUGUAAUUGGAGUUUAAAUUAUUCGAUGGAAAAAUUUAAGGGUAUUUCUGGAAAAUGUAUACGAGGCAUAACUACUUACAAAAUAUCUGUAUCCAUUAUUUAUCAAUUAAAGUAAGAUGAAUAGUAAUUUGAUUCAGGAGCAAUGAACUUGGAUUGGUUUGUCACAAAGCCAUUUUCUUAAAAGCGUAGGCGCCUUAUGAUCCUAUCUAAUCAUCCUUAUUAGGAAAGUCAUAAAAACAAUGAAACUAAGCUACAUGUUACUUAUAACGAAUGUCAAGUAAGAAUACAUUAUUUCUCUAUUAACAAAUGUGCGUAUAAAUUUAUUUAAAAGUAUCAAGUACUAAACAUUUCUUUAUAAUAAUGUUAUUUAUGCUUCUUGCUUACCUUAUGUAAAUAUAUUCGCAUACUAAGCUUGGUGAAAGAUUACUGGUUACAGAGAAUGAUUUGUCAUUUGUAUACAUUGGUUGUUUUUGGAGCCUUUUUAAUGACAUCUCGUUCCUAUAACUCUAAAAUGGGAAUUAUUUAUAACUCGCAUUUGUUUUCAUAAUUACUUUUAAUAAGUAAGUAUAGUAAUAAUCUUCACAGCUUUGCUAUUUUAUUAAAUAAAAUAUAAAUAUACUAAGCACUUAUAUCAGUAAAAGUAAAAUAUACCUCUGUUUCUUUAAAAAAAAUGUUCUAAGCUGCAUUUUUGUUAAUAAAUUAUAGUAUCUCUAGAGCUACUAACAUCUUAAGAAAAAUGUAAAAACCUAUAUGAAAGAAAAUAAUUAACUGUUAUAUUCAAUUUCAAAUAAAUUAUUAAAUUAUUUUUGUAUUUUUCAUUUAUAAUCGAAAUCUCAUUGUAGGUAAAAAUAUUCCCAAAGUUUAUAUUUUGGCAUGGUAUGAAGUUAAGUUUUUAACAUCCUCUAUGAGUUAUUUUUUAGGCUGAUGUUAUUUACCUGGAUCUAGAUACAGUGAUUUGGCUACAGCUUAAAAUGUUUAUAUUGACACAUUUCACUAUUUUUCCUAGUUUUCCCAUAGAGAUUUUUAAAUUAAAAAAAUAAACGCAACUGCAUUGAAACAUUCAGGAUCAUUCCAGUCAAAAAAGGAAAUAAAUAGGUCAAUCUCUGAAUUAAAGUUAUUUUGGUGUUCCAAGUUGUCUCAAAAGUCUCAUAAAACUGUAACAGUUUAUCCAAUCCAAUGAUGUUAACAUUUUUUAUAAAAAUUGUAGAGCAAACAUUUUGCUACACGUUUUGUUUCGAAUUUUUACUAAAGGCCUGCAGCGCUCAUACAUACUCGCUGUAAACUUUCAGUGAGUAUGGUUAACCGUUAAUCACUAUAAAUAAUACGGCUGGUGGGAGGCUUCGGCCGUGGCUAGUUACCACCCUACCGACAAAGACGUACCGCCAAGCGAUUUAGCGUUCCGGUACGAUGCCGUGUAGAAACCGAAAGGGGUGUGGAUUUUCAUCCUCCUCCUAACAAGUUAGCCCGCUUCCAUCUUAAACUGCAUCAUCACUUACCAUCAGGUGAGAUUGUAGUCAAGGGCUAACUUGUAAAUAAUAAAAAAAAACAUACAUACAUAUUAUAACCACACCUCAUUUCCAUACAGAUAUACAGAGCUCACACCCUUCCACUUGUUACGACCUUUGAAUAGCUUGUUCUAUUCUAAUAAAUUUUAACAUUUAACACUAUAACUUAGGAGAGUUUUGAGAGUUUUUAUAGAACACCAAAAUGAAGAUGUACACUACUUUACAACGAAUUAACUCCCAUUCCAAGGUUAAAUCCCUAUUUGACUGGGUUACAUACAGUAGUGUACGAUUGAUAUGCGACGUGUCGCGUCUUGUGGGGAGGAUAGCAAAAUUGUAUGUAUGUAUGUACAAUUUUGGAAUCGCUCCUAUGGAACACGAGUCGCUUGUGGGACGACUCGUGGGAGAACGAUCAAUAUUUCAAUAAGUGUUCAAUAUUUUCAUAUUGUAAUUAGGUGAUUAAUAAAUUAAUCGUGCUUAAGCAAUUUAUUAAUUGCAACGUUUACUGGAACUUGCUAAAACUAGAUGUGUUUUAAUUUAAAGUAGGUACUAAUUAGGAGACCUUUAUAAAAGUCGUUGCAAAGACCACUAUUAUUCAGAUGGAGAUUACACUUCCAAGGAAAAUGCGGUUACUGCCGAGUUUUUUAUUUCUCGCGGUGUCAGCGCUGGCAGCUGACAACACAAAUUACUAUGAGCAGCCCAUGGAUUACUUUGAUGGUAUUAACUCAAACUUUAAAGUCAACCCUAAUUCAAAAUUCUCUUUCAAUUUUGAGCAAACAAGACGCGACCAGCCCCCACAAAUUGAAAUGAGAGAAGAGGAUGUCGGUAGAUACUUCCAAACCAGACCACAAACAACGACACCUACGUCUAAAUUGUCGAUGAAGGCCGAUAGAGGAUCGAAGCAUGUUUAUCCAAUGCUGAACAAUAACUAUCAGCCACAAGGACAGUGGAGCCAGCCACAAGUGGCGCCGAUGCCACCUCCACCUAAAUUGGACUUUUCAAGACAUAUCAAUCCUCCGAGAAAUCCACCACCCGUAUGGAGUCCCCCAGCGCAACAGAAUGUUCAAACCCCAAACUCCUUCAACAAUUUCCCUCCUCAAGUACCUAAUGUUGGAACACCACCCCCACACCCAGCGCAGUGGAGUCAACCGCCGAAACCUCAAAGCACUCCUCCUCCUUACUACGCUCCACCAGCAGCACCACCGAAACCACCGGCAGGUGUUAGCUUUGCUCCAUCAGCAUCGUAUGUUUCGGAUUCUAUUCGUAAUAACGGCCCUCGCCAGACACCCUCUCUUGCUAACCGUGGAAGCCACAAGUUCAGUUGGGACGAUGUCCAGAAACCAGAACAGUUCAAGCAAAUUGUGAACCAGCAGCCUCACCCAGCUCCGCUCAGCGCGCCACAAUCUAUUCACAACAAACCACCCCCACCCGUACCCACUUUGUCACCCUGGUACGACAACUUUGGCAAAUAAAGACUACAAACUAGUCAUAAUAAAUUUAUUUAUCCAAUAAAUUUCUGUACAUUUAAUAAUUUAAAAAAUAGACCAUCAUUUAUUUUCCCCUCCAACUAGUCAUAAAACUG